GUUUAGUUGUGGAAAUAUAACAAAUAUUGGUUUCCCUUUCUGGGGAGAGAAUCGACCAAAAGGGUGUGGCUACCCUUUGUUGAAACUCACUUGCAUAAGCGACACCAGUUACAUAACCAUCAAUGAUGUCAAGUAUCAGGUUUUGGAGGCCAAUCCAACUUUACAAACGUUGAGAAUCGCCAGAGAGGACUACUUGCAAGAAGGAUUAUGUCCAUCAAAACAUGUCAACACCACAUUAGACACCGGCCUCUUUGUUUAUGGUUCUAACUACAAUAAUCUUACCUUCUUCUAUGAUUGUCCACCUUCAAUUACUUUCCCUUCGCCCAGCGGACAUUUUCCAUGUGAUUCAAAUGGUUAUUCUGAUGAUUCUGUUUAUACUUGGUUUGGUUCUAAUACUGAUCUUCAAGCUUUUUCAUGCAAAGAAAGUAUGGUUGUUCCAAUUUUGAGUUCAUUGUUUGAUGUUAGUGAUUUGGCUAAAAUACAAAAGGCGAUUGGAGAUGUAUUUGUGGUGAAAUGGAUAGCUGGUAUUGAAGAAUCAAUUAUCAAGGGAAACUGGCUGAUCUUAUUCUAAUUAAUUAAAUACUCUGCAUAAGUCUAGUCAACUAAUUCACUGAAUUUUUCUACACGUCAGAAUCACUGAAUUUUCUUAAAUGCAUUUUUUUGACAUUUUGUACUACAUCCUUCAUUUGAGUCUUACUCUAUGCACAUUCAACAUUGUUGUUGCAGAGAUUUUAGUUCUUUGCUCUCUCAGGAUGCCUUCCUUGCUUACUAUCCUUCAUAUUCUUCAAUUCAUAAUCCUCUUGAAACUGAUUCAGAUACCUUUAUAUUUGAGCUCUAAUGAAGGCUGUGAGAAUCUGUUUACUUGUGGAAAUAUAACAAAUAUUGGUUUCCCUUUCUGGGGAGCGAAUCGACCAAAAGAGUGUGGCUACCCUUUGUUGAAUCUCACUUGCAUAAAGAACGUCAGUCACAUAACAAUCAAUGAUGUCGAGUAUCAAGUUUUGGAGGCCAAUCCUGAUUUACAAACUUUGAGAAUCACCAGAGAGGACUCUUUCCAAGAAGGACUAUGUCCUCCAAAGCAUGUCAGCACCACAUUAGACACUGAUCUAUUUGUUUAUGGUUCUAACUACAUCAAUCUUACACUCUUUUAUGGUUGUCCAUCUUCAAUUACUUUCCCUUCGCAUAGUGGACAAUUUCAAUGUCAUUCAAAUGGUUAUUCUGAUGAUAUUGUUUAUACUUGGUUUGGUCCUAAUAUUGGUCCUCUGGCUUUUCCAUGCCAAGAUAAUAUGACUGUUCCAGUUUCUAAUUCAUUGUUUGAUAUUAGUAAUUUUGCUAAAAUACAAAGUGCAAUCAAAGAUGGAUUUGUGGUGAGAUGGAUAGCUGGUAUUGAAGAUUGUGUGAAGUGCCAAAAUUCAGGUGGAUUUUGUGGUUAUGAUUGGAUUUCAAAGCAAACAACCUGCUACUGCAGAGAUCAAUCUUGUUCUAAUUUUAUACCAGUUUCUAAUACACCUUCAGGUAACAGCUCUAAAACUGGCAUUAUAAUAGGCGCAGUUGUAGGAGUUGGAGCUCUUGUUUUUAUUCUUGGUGCAUGCUUUCUAGUUCGGCGAAGGAAGAAAAAUGCUGAAAAAAUGAGUAUUUUCAAACAACAACAAUCAAGCCUUAUCCCACUAAAUAUUUUCAGAGAAAGAAGAAAACUUGUUGACCACAAUGUGGAGGUUUUCAUGAGAAGUUAUAAUUUAUCCAUGCCAAGAAGAUAUAGUUAUAAGGAAGUAAAAAGGAUCACAAACUCAUUCCGAAAUAAAUUAGGCCAAGGAGGAUACGGUGUUGUGUACAAAGCAAUUUUAUCUGAUGGUCGUCAAGUGGCGGUGAAACUAAUAAAUGAGUCAAAGGGAAAUGGAGAAGAAUUUAUAAAUGAAGUUGCUAGCAUUAGUAAAACAUCACACAUGAACGUUGUGUCACUUUUAGGCUUUAGUUAUGAGGUGAACAAAAGAGCCCUAAUAUAUGAAUUCAUGCCCAAAGGAUCAUUGGAUAAGUUCAUCUACAAAAGAGAGUUUCCUAAUGCCAUUUGUGAUUUUGAUUGGAACACUUUGUUCCAAAUUGCAAUUGGCAUUGCUAGAGGUCUAGAGUACUUGCAUCAUGGAUGUAGUUCAAGGAUUCUACAUCUUGAUAUAAAGCCUCAAAACAUUCUUUUGGAUGAAGAUUUUUGCCCAAAAAUCUCUGAUUUUGGACUAGCUAAAAUAUGCCAAAGGAAGGAUAGUAUUGUGUCAAUACUAGGGACAAGAGGUACUGCAGGAUAUAUGGCGCCAGAAGUAUUAAGUAGAGCAUUUGGUGGAGUUUCUUAUAAAUCUGAUGUAUAUAGUUAUGGCAUGUUGAUUCUUGAAAUGAUUGGAGGAAGAAAGAACUAUGACACUGGAGGUACAUCUACUUCUGAAAUGUACUUUCCAGACUGGAUUUAUAAGGAUCUAGAGCAAGGAAAUACUCUUUUAAAUUGUUCGAUAAUCUCCGAGGAAGAAAAUGAUAUGGUUAGAAAGAUUACUUUGGUCAGUCUAUGGUGCAUUCAAACGAAACCAUCAGAUAGACCACCGAUGAAUAAAGUAAUAGAUAUGCUACUAGGACCACUUUCAUCGGUGUCAUAUACUCCAAAGCCCGUCUUAUGUUCUCCUGAAAGGCCACCACUAGAAGUGUCAGAUAUGUCUUCGUCCGAUUUGUAUGAGACAAAUUCAAUUAUGGUAUCAAAAUAAUUGUUCUAUAUAUACGUUCAAUUAUUAGUUCAACAACCUGCCAAAACAAUUGUAAUUUGCUUUUUCAAAAAAAAUAAUUGUAAUUUGUGUCUAACAGGUUAUGGCAUGUAAUUUUAGUAAUCAUUUUGUUUCUUAUACUUCAAAACCAAUUUUAUUGUAUUGACUUAUACUACAAUCAAUCCUUUCUAAGAG